UGUAGCCCGGUCGUGAGUCUCUCACUCUAAUAGAGGGAGGGGGGGAAUGAAGGUGAACCCAGGACCACCUGGUGGGGCGACAGCCAAGAUGAUGAGCUUAGUCCUCCUGGGGCUUUGCUUGGUGGCUUCCACUUCGGAUGCCCUGGACAACUCAUACCUGCCUGGCGUCUACCCAAAAGACGAGAGCGGCGCACAGACAUUUGCCUCGGACUACAACAGUACAGCGGAAAGAAUAUUUUACAUCAGCACAGAAGCCAGCUGGGACUAUAACACUAACCUGACGGACUAUAACUCACAGCGCCAGAUAAAUGCCUCUUUGGAGGAACAGGAGUUUAAUGAAAUAUGGGGUUCCAAAGCCAAAGAACUAUUCAACGACACCUUCGCAAGCUUCAACGACAGCCAACUCAAGAAAAUCAUCACUUCCAUCUGGACCCUUGGAGCGUCUAACCUGGCUCUGGGAGAGCGUGAAGAGUAUAACACCAUUCUCAGUCAGAUGGACAACAUCUACUCGACAGCCAAAGUUUGUCCUCCGAACCAGAACACCAACUGCUGGUCCUUGGAUCCAGAUUUGACCGAAAUCAUGGCUACGUCUCGAAGCUACAAGAAGUUGCUCUACGCCUGGGAGGGCUGGCAUGACGCAGCAGGCAUUCCCCUGAAGAGCAAAUACGAGCGAUUUGUACAGCUUAGCAAUAAAGCUUAUAAACAGGACGGAUACAAGGACACGGGAGAAUAUUGGCGUUCCUGGUAUGCAUCUUCCACAUUUGAGGAAGAUCUGGAGAACUUGUACCACCAGCUGGAGCCUCUUUACCUUAAUCUGCACGCCUUUGUGCGCAGGAAGCUCUAUGAGCGUUAUGGACCCAAAUACAUUAACCUGAAGGGCCCAAUCCCAGCGCAUCUGCUUGGUAAUAUGUGGUCACAACAGUGGAACAACAUCUAUGAUAUGAUGGUCCCCUAUCCCAACAAGACCAACGUGGACGUUACGAAUACAAUGAGGGAACAGGGUUGGAAUGCGACACAUAUGUUCAAAGUCUCUGAGGAGUUCUUCACCUCUCUGGGUCUACUUGAGAUGCCACAGGAGUUUUGGGACAAGUCGAUGCUUGAGAAGCCUUCAGAUGGACGAGAGGUGGUUUGCCACGCAUCUGCCUGGGACUUCUACAACAGGAAGGACUUUAGAAUAAAACAAUGUACCACGGUUACCAUGGAACAGCUGUUCACUGUCCACCACGAGAUGGGCCACGUGGAGUAUUAUUUGCAAUACAAGGACCAACCAGUCACGUUCCGUCGAGGGGCAAACCCAGGCUUCCAUGAGGCCAUAGGAGACGUGCUCUCUCUGUCGGUGUCUACCCCAGGCCAUCUAAAAACCAUUGGCCUCCUCAAUGAAGUCACAAAUGACCAAGAGAGUGAUAUCAAUUACUUACUGAAAAUGGCUUUGGAGAAAAUCGCCUUCUUGCCCUUUGGAUUUCUGAUUGACCAAUGGAGAUGGAACGUCUUCAACGGCCGUACACCUCCUAACCGAUACAACUAUGAUUGGUGGAACCUCAGAACCAAAUACCAAGGAAUCUGUCCACCGGUGGCAAGAAAUGAAACCCAAUUUGACGCAGGAGCCAAAUUUCAUAUCCCAGGCAACACCCCGUACAUCAGGUACUUUGUGAGUUUUGUGUUGCAAUUCCAAUUCCACAAAGCGCUCUGUUCGGCAGCCAAACAAACAGGUCCCUUGCACACUUGUGACAUCUACCGCUCAGCAGAUGCUGGGAAGCUUCUCAGUGAUGUUCUCCGGGUUGGAUCCUCCAAGCCCUGGCAGGAGAUCCUGUUAAAUAUGACCGGAACUGAUAAGAUGGACGUUGGACCUCUGCUGGAAUAUUUCGAACCAGUCACUAACUGGCUGAAAGAGCAGAACAGCAAGUAUAAUGAGACCCUUGGCUGGCCAGACUAUGCAUGGACCCCACCUAUUCCUGAUGGAUACCCUGGAGACAUCGAGAAAAUAGCGAAUGAGAUACAAGCCGACGACUUCCUAGAAAAUUACACCAAGACGGCAGAGGUCGUGUGGAACGCAUACACUGAGGCAUCAUGGGAAUACAAUACCAACAUCACUGAGCACAACAGGCUAAUCAUGCUGGAUAAGAAUCUGGAAAUGUCUGCUCACACUCUAGAAUAUGGGCUGCAAGCAAGAAACUAUGACUACAGCGAUUUCCGAAGCGCAGAGACACAGCGCUUACUGAGGAAACUCAGCGAGAUUGAUAAAGCUGCCCUGCCGGAAAAUGAGCAGAAAGAGCUGAACCAAAUACUUUCCAAUAUGGAAACCACAUACAGCGUGGCCAAAGUGUGCAAGAAUGAAACAACAUGCCUUCCGCUCGAUCCAGAUCUAACGGAAAUCAUGGCCCAGUCGCGGGACUACGAUGAGCUGCUCUUUGCCUGGAAGGGGUGGAGAGACGCUUCUGGCAAGAAAAUCCGAUCUGACUUUAAUAGAUACGUGGAGUUGACCAACAAGGCAGCUCAGCUUAAUGGUUAUGCCGAUAAUGGUGAAUAUUGGAGGUCCUGGUACGAGACUCCCACACUGGAAAGCGACUUGGAAAACCUUUACCAGGAGCUCCAACCUCUGUAUCUGAAUCUGCAUGCGUACGUACGAAGAGCGCUCCACAAGAAGUAUGGAGACCAGAAAAUUAAUCUGAAUGGACCCAUUCCUGCACACCUUCUGGGCAACAUGUGGGCUCAGUCCUGGUCAAACAUAUUCGACCUUGUUGUCCCAUAUCCUGAUGCCUCCAAAGUGGACGCCACUCCGGCAAUGUUAGCCCAGAAUUGGACCGCCAAGAGAAUGUUCGAGGAAUCUGAUAACUUUUUCGUCUCCCUCGGAUUGAUCCCCAUGCCUCAAGAAUUUUGGGACAAGUCUAUGAUUGAGAAGCCCGCUGAUCGGGAGGUGGUAUGCCACGCAUCCGCCUGGGACUUCUACAACCGAAAAGACUUCAGGAUCAAGCAAUGCACAGUGAUCAAUAUGGACGACCUCAUCACAGUCCACCACGAGAUGGGACACGUUCAGUACUUCUUACAGUAUAAGGAUCUGCCAAUCUCUUUCCGCGAAGGAGCCAACCCCGGGUUCCAUGAAGCUAUCGGAGAUGUCCUGGCGCUGUCUGUCUCCACACCGCAACAUCUUCACAGUAUUGGCCUUCUGGAUUCAGUACAGAACAACAUGGAGAGUGAUAUUAACUACCUUAUGAGCGUUGCGCUGGAUAAAAUCGCCUUCCUGCCUUUUGGCUACCUGAUGGACCAAUGGAGGUGGAAGGUGUUUGACGGCAGGACCCCCAAUUCGGAGUACAACCAGCAGUGGUGGAAUCUCAGAUUGAAGUAUCAGGGUCUCUGUCCUCCAGUAUUAAGAUCUGAAAGCGAUUUUGACCCUGGGGCAAAAUUCCACAUCCCGUCGAGUGUCCCUUACAUCAGAUAUUUCAUCAGUUUCGUAAUUCAGUUCCAGUUCCAUGAAGCUCUUUGCAAGGCAGCUAACCAGCAGGGGCCGCUGUAUAAAUGUGACAUCUACAGGUCUAAAGAAGCAGGAAAACUGCUCGGAGAUGCCAUGAAGUUGGGUAACAGCAAACCCUGGCCCGAUGCCAUGGAGCUCAUUACCGGGCAGCGUAACAUGUCGGCAUCUUCCCUCCUGAAAUACUUUGAGCCAUUGACCAACUGGCUGAUUGAACAAAAUAGAAAGAAUGGAGAAACCCUUGGGUGGCCAGAGUACAACUGGAGUCCAGCUAUAUCCCAGCCGCCAACAUCCAAUCCAACAACAGCUCGGCCAGCAACUUCUGGGCCGGCGCACACAGAACUUCCACCACAGAACAAAGUUGACUUCCUCGGAUUGUCCCUGAGCAAGAGUGAAGCAUCUGCUGGCCAGUGGAUUCUGCUGGCAUUGUCAUUGGUCUUGGUCAUCGCCUGCAUUUUCUUGGGUUAUAAGUUCUCAAAGAUGAAACGCAACACUAAGAAGUCUAUUUCUGAACUGGAACUCAAAUAAUAGAGAGUAUCCCCAACUGGAAUAACGGCCUCCUUUGUCUGAGGUCUUGGGGACACCUAGCGUAUGAGAUCCACCAAGAAGGAACCUUCCUGACUAUGCAAAGAACUUAAUCCAUGAAAGACCAAUCCACUAGCGCCUUGAAGCCUACAAAUGAAAAGACGAACUGUGAAACAGGUGCUGACGGGGAAGGGGGUGGGGGUGGGGAACACUUGGGCAAAGGGGGAAAGAGUUUUAAUUCUGUUAUUGAGACCACGAUCUUCUGAGAUCUUUUCUCCAACGGGAGCAAUAAAAUGUUUAAUAUGUGGGAGAAAAAAAA